UCUUGUUUCUCACUUCAGUCACUUCACAUAUCUUCACAGAUGGUGUUAAAGCACUCCGUUCCAGUGAUAGCGGUCCAAAGCCACUGCUCCUGUGUUGCAGGAAGUGCUCUGUGCAAUCAUCUGGUGGCCCUUCUUUACCAGACAGCGCACUACUCUCAACUAAACAUUCCUGCUGCACCAUCAGUUCACAGCUGCACAGACACAGAACAGCGUUGGCACAAGCCAAGAACACUUGUGAGUCUAUCAAUAUCCAUAAAAAAAUGCACCUGAAAAGUAUUCAGCCUAUGUAACAGUAAAUCCUGGUUAAUUAGGGUGUGAAACCAGGUCCGGUUGAUGGGAUAGAGUUCAGUAAACCUACUAACUCGUGUGCUGAUGGAAUAAGAAGUUCUCUCUACAAAGCACUCAAUGGAUACAUGCCUGACAUGAACCUUCUCCGCGUCUCAGAAACGUAUGCCAACUUUUCUCCACCUACUGCCCCUCUUGUGACAACAAUGGAAGAGUCCGCUAACGUGCCCCUGGUUGAGUCCGCUUUUGGGCCAGUGCAAGCCGGCAGUGUUCUGUCCUAUCAGCUUCCACGGCCAAAGACCCGUGAAGAUUGCCGAUGUCCCUUCUCCACCAAUACUUCCAUUAGAUGGCUACAGGUUUCCUAGUGUGCUUACGUCCUUAGCCAUCAGGAGCAGUUCCACCUCAAGGCAUUAGAGACAACCUGCGAGAUGUCACACAAAGUCAAUUUUGCUACAAGGGAGCAGAGCAGCAGCCCGGAAUGGCAUCAGCUCAGGAAAAUGAGAAUAACAUCCCCUCGUUUCCGAGAGGUUUGCCAUGUCCGGGGAGAGACCUCAGCUGACCACCUAGCUGAGCGGAUGUUCAAGGGAUCUGGUAUGCAGAGCAUGGAGAUGAAGAGGGGCUAGCCAUGGAGCCAGUGGCUGUACAGGGAUCUGGUAUAGAGACCAUGGAGAUGAAGAGGGGGCUAGCCAUGGAGCCAGUGGCUGUACAGGGAUCUGGUAUAGAGACCAUGGAGAUGAAGAGGGGGCUAGCCAUGGAGCCAGUGGCUGUACAGGGAUCUGGUAUAGAGACCAUGGAGAUGAAGAGGGGGCUAGCCAUGGAGCCAGUGGCUGUACAGGGAUCUGGUAUAGAGACCAUGGAGAUGAAGAGGGGGCUAGCCAUGGAGCCUGUGGCUGUAGAGGGAUCUGGUAUAGAGACCAUGGAGAUGAAGAGGGGGCUAGCCAUGGAGCCAGUGGCUGUACAGGGAUCUGGUAUAGAGACCAUGGAGAUGAAGAGGGGGCUAGCCAUGGAGCCAGUGGCUGUACAGGGAUCUGGUAUACAGACCAUGGAGAUGAAGAGGAGGCUAGCCAUGGAGCCUGUGGCUGUAGAGGGAUCUGGUAUACAGACCAUGGAGAUGAAGAGGGGGCUAGCCAUGGAGCCAGUGGCUGUAGAGGGAUCUGGUAUGCAGACCAUGGAGAUGAAGAGGGGCUAGCCAUGGAGCCAGUGGCUGUACAGGGAUCUGGUAUGCAGACCAUGGAGAUGAAGAGGGGGCUAGCCAUGGAGCCAGUGGCUGUAGAGGGAUCUGGUAUGCAGACCAUGGAGAUGAAGAGGGGCUAGCCAUGGAGCCAGUGGCUGUACAGGGAUCUGGUAUACAGACCAUGGAGAUGAAGAGGGGCUAGCCAUGGAGCCAGUGGCUGUAGAGGGAUCUGGUAUGCAGACCAUGGAGAUGAAGAGGGGGCUAGCCAUGGAGCCAGUGGCUGUAGAGGGAUCUGGUAUGCAGACCAUGGAGAUGAAGAGGGGCUAGCCAUGGAGCCAGUGGCUGUAGAGGGAUCUGGUAUGCAGACCAUGGAGAUGAAGAGGGGGCUAGCCAUGGAGCCAGUGGCUGUAGAGGGAUCUGGUAUGCAGACCAUGGAGAUGAAGAGGGGCUAGCCAUGGAGCCAGUGGCUGUACAGGGAUCUGGUAUACAGACCAUGGAGAUGAAGAGGGGCUAGCCAUGGAGCCUGUGGCUGUAGAGGGAUCUGGUAUACAGACCAUGGAGAUGAAGAGGGGGCUAGCCAUGGAGCCAGUGGCUGUACAGGGAUCUGGUAUACAGACCAUGGAGAUGAAGAGGGGGCUACCCAUGGAGCCAGUGGCUGUACAGGGAUCUGGUAUACAGACCAUGGAGAUGAAGAGGGGGCUACCCAUGGAGCCAGUGGCUGUACAGGGAUCUGGUAUACAGACCAUGGAGAUGAAGAGGGGGCUAGCCAUGGAGCCAGUGGCUGUACAGAGAUCUGGUAUACAGACCAUGGAGAUGAAGAGGGGGCUAGCCAUGGAGCCAGUGGCUGUACAGGGAUCUGGUAUACAGACCAUGGAGAUGAAGAGGAGGCUAGCCAUGGAGCCUGUGGCUGUAGAGGGAUCUGGUAUACAGACCAUGGAGAUGAAGAGGGGGCUAGCCAUGGAGCCAGUGGCUGUACAGGGAUCUGGUAUAGAGACCAUGGAGAUGAAGAGGGGGCUAGCCAUGGAGACAGUGGCUGUAGAGGGAUCUGGUAUACAGACCAUGGAGAUGAAGAGGGGGCUAGCCAUGGAGCCAGUGGCUGUAGAGGGAUAUGGUAUAGAGACCAUGGAGAUGAAUAGGGGCUAGCCAUGGAGCCAGUGGCUGUAGAGGGAUCUGGUAUAGAGACCAUGGAGAUGAAGAGGGGGCUACCCAUGGAGCCAGUGGCUGUACAGGGAUCUGGUAUACAGACCAUGGAGAUGAAGAGGGGGCUAGCCAUGGAGACAGUGGCUGUACAGGGAUCUGGUAUAGAGACCAUGGAGAUGAAGAGGGGGCUAGCCAUGGAGCCAGUGGCUGUACAGGGAUCUGGUAUAGAGACCAUGGAGAUGAAGAGGGGCUAGCCAUGGAGCCAGUGGCUGUAGAGGGAUCUGGUAUAGAGACCAUGGAGAUGAAGAGGGGGCUAGCCAUGGAGCCAGUGGCCAUGGAGCCAGUGGCUGUAGAGGGAUCUGGUAUAGAGACCAUGGAGAUUAAGAGGGGGCUAGCCAUGGAGCCAGUGGCUGUACAGGGAUCUGGUAUACAGACCAUGGAGAUGAAGAGGGGCUAGCCAUGGAGCCAGUGGCUGUACAGGAGUACUGCACACUGAAGAAUGUUAACUUCUUUCCGCGUGGCUUCGUAGUGAACCCAGAUGCUCCGUGAUUAGGAUCCUCUCCAGAUAUAAUCAUAUUUGAUCCCAGUGUGGUUAGGAUCCUCUCCAGAUAGAAUCAUAUUUCAUCCCAGUGUAAGACCACACUUUAGACUCUUAGAGGUCAAGUGCCCAAAUGUACCAAAUUAUGUUGACUGCCCUUACCUGAAGAUACAGAAUGGAGAGCUGAAGUUGAAGAGAUCGCAUGCUUACUACUGGCAGGUGCAAGGUCAAAUCCUUCUCACAGGUUGUAGCUGGUGUGACUUUGUCAUCUGUGCACAGGAGGACAUCCUAGUUGAAAGGAUGUAUAAAGAUCUACAGGUUUCAAAAACUAUAAGAGUUUUAUUUUUACCACUACUUGCAGAUUUGUCUAUCUCGCACCUGAAUGGAUCUCCUGCACGGGUGCCAAGUUUAGUGGUUUUAUGAAAAAUAAGUAUUGAUGUUCUUGUGAAGAAAUCUACAGUAGAAUAGAUUUGUUAAAAAAAUAAUAAUUUCAGCAAAUGUUCAACAGUUCAGUUAAUCAAUUACACAUCUCUAAUAUUGUAUUCAAUCUUGCAUUCUGGCUAUACUGUGUUUACUUGAUUUCUUUCCCCCACCCCUAAACUCAUUGCCUAAUUAAAGCCAAUACAAGCUCCACACAAACUGAUAUUCACUACAACACAAAUGAUUGAAACAUGUCGUAGAUAAACAAAUUAUUAUUUUGCUGCCAGCAAAUAAACACAUGUACAUUUACACUGGCUUGGCCCAUGCUCUGGACCGGAUCAGAGACGACACAGUCCACAGGCAGCGCACCUUGUUCUUCAUCCCCCUCAGUCGGAGCAGGAGCUUUCAGUCAUCUUCCCCAAACACCAGGUCUCUUUUGAAUGUGCCAGUUCCACGCGAAGACAGUAGGAACAACACCUCUUUUUAGCUAUUGUCGCCACCCCAAUUUUUCCCUCAACAAAUCACUUUCGACGAAAUGUGUACUACACACCUUUGUGUGUUUGGUGACAGCAAAGUUGUCACGACGUACUGCCACCAACCACCUUUUUCUGAGCUCUACAUCGACGGGAAACGAUGGAGAGCUCACAAUACCAUUACAUUUGCAAGAAACUGAACACAGAGGCACUGAACAAUGUUCAUUAGCACCUCCUUCGCGGGGCUGUAAUUUAAACGUAGUCAUUGUGAACUAUUUCAGUCAGAAAGGCAUCGACGAUAGCUAGUAAGCUAAUGAUAAAAACAAUAGCAGAACUCGCUCCGGAAGUCAUCAACCCGAUCGGAAAUAAAUUUGAACGUUGGCAGCGGUAUAAUGCAUAGAGCCUAUUGGAGGAUGAUUCAAUGUUUUUCAAAGUGUUUGAUUUCAGGAGAAUCUCUGAAUUCUUAGAAUGUCUAUUCAUUCAAAAAAGCUACAACUUCUAGAUUAGUGAAAAGUUAUUUUGGACAAAGAGGAAACAAAUCACUGACCAAGGUUGCUUCGAAUUGAGCACUAGUACACCGUAACUAAAGUGACAUUAAAACGUACCUCUUUAUAUCAUAGGAGGUUGUUGGCACCUUAAUUGGGGAGAAUGUGAUUGUGGUAAUGACUGGAGCGGAAUAGGUGGAAUGGUAUCAAAUACAUCAAACACGUGGUUUCCAGGUGUAUGAUGCCCUUCCAUUUGCUCCGUUCCGGCCAUACCUAACAUAUUUUGUAUCCACGUAUCACCUGGCUUCUCAUGAGUGUCAGGUAGCUGUAAUGUGGCAUCAUUUUCUGGCUACACCUUCCCCACACUUACUAGCAUGCUACACAGUGUCCCUCUGCAGGUGUUCUCUGUUGACUCGCUGGAAGGCAGAUGGGACCACCUGCAUACCUUAUCAGAUAUGGCACCUUGCCCUAGAACUCCCAAGUUUUUUAUGUCAAGCCAGGUUUUCUGACCCAGUUUGUCCGGCAGCUUAUCAGGAAGAUAUACAGUUGCUGUACCUAUAUGAUUGGUUGGAUCAAUAUUUCAAACAAAGGUGUUUGAGGAAAUAUUGGCAUGCCCCUACAACUUUUAAACUUUGCUUGAACCAAGGGGUUGUUUUUUUGCUUUUGUCAUUACUUGGUUGUUCGUGUUUGCUUAGUGUGGUAUGGUGUGGUUUUGUGUAUGAUCUUACUGGAAGCCAUGUGUAUUCACAAGGGUAGCUGUGGUAAAUGUGGUCAAUGACAAGUCCAGACCGUAGGCGUUGAUGAUGAUUGACAUGCGUCAUGUGACGUCAGAGGGGUUUGACCAGGCAGCUAGCGUUGGGUGACAGAACCUAGUUGCUUGUUCCCCUUUUGUUUUGGGAGAACUGUGUUGGAGCCUCCAAAGGGGGAGUGUGGUGUUGGCACUCAGGUGAUUAUUUAGAUGCAGCGUAACACCUCUCACAACAGAAACACUACCAGACUGGUUCUUCAGGGAGGCACAGGGACCAGCCAGAUAAUAUAAGGUUUGGGAGAGAGGGAAUGCUGAAGAGAGAGACAGAGAGUGAGACAGACAGACAUAGCUAGUGGAGGACAGACAAAAUAUGGUGAGAGAGAAAAGUGUGAGGCAGUGAAACAAAGCGGGAGAGUGAAAGAGAGAUCGACUGAAUGAGUGGGGCUUCAGAGCGAGAUUAGUGUGUGCGUGGGUAUGUGUGUCUAAGAGAGAGAGAGAGAGAGAGAGAGAGAAGGAGAGACCAUUCCCCAGAGGUUUGGUCUAGCUCCCAGUAAUAGAAGUUUAUUUGCACAGCAGGACCAGUAACAACCUGCUUUGUCAGAGUAACUUACUGUUCUGUAGUCUCAACAGCAGGUCACUGAAGACAGAAGGAAAAACACUAAGGUUGAUUUGGGACCUAGCGUGCCAGAAGGGAGUGUGAGGGGCUUGUUUAUGUCAUAUCUUGUGUUGAAGAGAGGGUGUGUGAGAAACACUGCAGGUGUUAGAGAGAGAGCGUGUGUGUGUGUGUGUGUGUGUGUAAGAGAGUUCAAGAAUGACCAGGAGGUCAGUUAAUGGUGAGGGGACUGGGGUGAACAACACCCCCCAAAAUGGGGGACACCCAGGGGAUACCCCUGUCCCAAAAGAGGACCCUGACGCCCUGCACGGAAAGGUAGAGCUUAAGAAGAAGGUGACCCUACUUCGGGGAAUCUCCAUCAUCAUAGGGACCAUCAUCGGCGCGGGAAUCUUCAUCUCUCCCAAGGGAAUCUUGAAGAACUCUGGGAGUGUUGGAAUGUCUCUGGUGGUGUGGAUCGCCUGUGGAGUACUGUCUCUGUUUGGGGCCCUGUCCUAUGCAGAGCUGGGAACCAGCAUCAAGAAAUCUGGAGGACAUUAUACCUAUAUUCUGGAGGCCUUUGGACCACAAAUGGCCUUCAUACGUCUCUGGGCUGACAUCAUCGCCAUCAGACCUGCAGGGUUGGCAGUGAUAUCCCUGGCCUUCGGACAAUAUAUUCUGGAGCCUAUAUUCAUGCCGUGUGGAGUGCCAGAGAUUGCUAUCAAACUGGCCACCUCUAUAGGAAUAACGUCAGUGAUGUAUCUCAACAGCAUGAGUACGAGCUGGACAAACAGGAUUCAGAUCUUCCUCACCUUCUGCAAGCUUCUGGCUAUAGCCAUCAUCAUCGUACCUGGCCUCUAUAUGCUCUUCAAAGGCGAGACUAAGAACUUUGAGAAUGCGUUUGAGGUCAGUAAUAUCAAGCUCACAGGUCUUCCUCUGGCCUUCUACUCUGGGAUGUACGCCUAUUCUGGGUGGUUUUACCUUAACUUUGUGACUGAGGAAGUGGAGAAUCCAGAAAAGACUGUGCCAUUGGCCAUCUGUAUCUCCAUGGCGAUAGUCACUUCCGGCUACGUGCUGACCAAUGUGGCGUACUACACUGUGAUGUCAGCAGAGGAGCUGUUGGCCUCGCAAUCCGUCGCCGUGACAUUUGCAGAGAAGACGAUGGGGAACCUUUCGGUGGCAGUGCCGAUAUUUGUAGCCUUGUCGUGCUUCGGUACGAUGAACGGCUGCUUAUUCGCUUUCUCAAGAAUGUUUUAUGUGGCAUCACGAGAAGGCCAUCUCCCUGAGGUUCUGUCCAUGAUCCACGUCCGCAGACACACACCUUUGGCAGCCGUCAUCAUUCUGUAUCCUAUGACGGUGUUCCAGCUGUUUGUGGGAGAUAUCUACAGCCUGUUGAACUUCAUGAGCUUCCUCCGCUGGCUCUUCAUUGGUGUGGCUGUGCUGGGCCUCAUCUACAUGAGAUACACACGCCCUGACAUGCCACGUCCUUUCAAGGUUCCUCUUUUCAUUCCGGCCAUUUUCUCCUUCACCUGUUUCUUCAUGGUGUUCCUCUCUCUCUACUCCGACCCCGUCAACACAGGGAUAGGAUUCGCCAUCUCACUAACAGGAAUCCCAGCCUACUAUAUUUUCAUUGUGUUUGACCGCAGACCCAAGUGGCUACAGAAGGGUUUAGAUUCCUUUAACAGAUCUGUCCAGAUCCUCCUGGAGGUGAUCCCAGCAGAACACUGACACCAGACCAGAUCCCCACACCAGAUCCGUAUUUAUGAUCAUCCACACCACAGGAGAACGAGAUCGGGUUUAUGAGUGGAAUGGUAUCAAACACAUUGUUUCCAGGUGUUUGAAGCAAUUCCAUUUGCUCUGUUCAGGCCAUAUUCUUUUGAGCUGUCCUCUCCUCAGCAGCCUCAUGUGCUCCACACCCAAGGACAUCACACCGAUGGCCUCUUCUAUUGUAUCAUUUCACAUUAUACAUUAUUAUGACUCUCCCAUCCUGCUGACCUUAUCUAGGCAGGCUUAGCUCUGCUCUGCUCUCACAUUUCACAUUACCAAUUCAAACAGCCUGAAUACUCUCUCUUCUCUCCUCACCCAAGUAUUUUAAAUGGAGUGGCCAGGCAGGCAGGGAGGUGAGGCUGUGUGCUUUGUGUGUGUCCCUGUGUGGGAUUUGUAGGUAAUCCAUCUCUGUAACCACUACCCUACGGCUCCAGUGUGCGGUGGGAGCCCAGCCUCUUAGAAAUGCAACAGCUUUUACUGUUGAUAAGAUGCCAGGGAAUCCUUGUAAGCUUGGAGUAUAACUAUCUUUGGCUACAAUUGCAGUUAUAUUUGUGUCAUUGUUACAGCUAGCAUUAGCCAUAAUUACAGCUAGUGUUAGUUACAUUCAGACCUAGCUUCAGUCAUUGUUACACCUAGCAUUAGCCACUGCUAGCAUUAGCAUUACACUGGAUACUCAGUUUUCACCAGAUCAUUCAGGAUGUACACAAUAUGUACCGUAGGCAACCCAUAGUUAUUUCUAUAUUUUAGGAAAUUAAGACAGAUCAGUGAGUGUUAAUUGAUGUAUGUUCUAUAGUCUGAGUAAGACAAGCACUCCCUUCACAUAUGUAAGCAUCAUUAGAGCAGUAAAGUGUGAUUCAUACUCAAUCUACAGAUGCCUGUGAAACAUGAUGUCCUUACACAAAUGACAACGAACAUAAACGGGAUACAGUUUUAUAUUUAACCAUUUUUUGAAAACACGUAUGUUUAGAAAUUAUGUCCUGCAUAACCUGAGAAAAACUCAUCUGAUUUCAUGGAAAAAUAAAAACAGAUUUUUUUCAA